CUUUAGUGACGCAAGCGGUGGUUCGCUAACAUGGCGGCUGAAGGCGAAAUGAGCGGCAAUGGGGAGCUCGCACAGCUUUCAGCCUUGGAGGCUGCAGAAGUGUCGGCGGAGAUGUCAGAUGAAAACGACUGCACAGAUUCAGCCACUGUGGCAUCUGCGCAGCCAGACGCUGCUUCCUCCUUGCUACCUCCAGCCACAGAAGAGGAGGGAGGCGAUCUGCCAGCAGAUUUUGAACGUCUAUGGAAUGCUGCACGUGACAACCCUCACGAUUUUACAAGUUGGACUGACCUGUUGCAGUACUGUGAGCAAGAGGGCCACAUGGCAGCAUCACAGAGAGCAUUGAUGGCCUUCCUCAACCGCUACCCACUCUGUUAUGGUUAUUGGAAAAAAAUUGCUGAUCUGGAGCGCCGUGCUGGUAACAACGACAAAGCAGCUGAGUUGUGUGUUCAGGGUCUCCAGUCAAUACCUCUGAGUGUUGAUCUGUGGAUCCACUACAUCAAUUUGCUGUUGGGGACACUGGACAUGAACCUGCCCGAGUCACCCAAGCGUAUUCGCAGUGUCUUUGAGGAUGCAGUUGUUGCAGCAGGUCUAGACUUCCACUCAGACCGGCUGUGGGAUCUAUAUGUCGAAUGGGAGAAGGAGCAAGGCAACAUGAGGAAGGUCACAGCUGUGCUAGACAGAGUCCUCAAAGUUCCAACGCAGCACUACAGUGCCCACUACGAAAAGUUAAAAAAACAUCUAAACAGCAAUGAGCCCAAAGAAGCACUUUCUCUGGAGGAGUAUGAGGAGGUGAGGGCCUUUUGCCGGGAGAGUCAGAAAGUGGAGCGUACCGAACAGGCCAAGGAUAAGGGAGAAGAGAGGCCGCCAGGCGAAGAAGAGCCCGCCACACCUGAGGGCACAGACUCUGAGGAGCUGAUGCAGAGGAUUAGAGAACAAGUUUUUAACCGCAGAGACAAAAUUUACCAGCAGAAUGAAAUUGAAGUCCGCAAGAGAUGGAAUUUUGAGGAUACGAUCAAACGUCCCUAUUUCCACGUGAAGCCGCUGGAUCAAAUCCAGCUGCGUGGCUGGCAUGCCUAUCUGGACUGGGAGGUCGCCCAACUGAACAAAGACACUCAAGACAAUAACAAAGAUCCAAACCAGACAGACAAAGAUGUCAACGAGGCAGCAGAGGUAACGGAGGCUCAGCAAGGAAUGGCGGAAGCCAUGGUUGCCCAGGAUGACCACAGAGUUCGCGUUCUCUUUGAGCGCUGUCUGAUCACCUGUGCUCUAUAUGAGGAGUUCUGGACUAGGUACAUUCGCUACCUGGAGAAAAACAGUGUGGAUGAGGUUCGGGCUGUCUACAAGCGAGCAUGCGAAAUCCACCUGCCUACCACACCUAACAUCCACCUACAAAGGGCCACCUUCGAGGAAAGACACGGUGACCUGGACACGGCUCGGCGAGUGCUGGCGGCUCUGGACGAAAAGGUGCCGGGUUUGGUCGUGGUCUGUCUCCGCAGAGCCGCUUUAGAGAGAAGGGCAGGCAAACUAGAGCAGUCUGAAGCCCUACUGCGGGAGGCGGUGACCCAAUCAAAAGAGAAGCCCACUCUGCACGCCUUCUACUCCAUCAAGCUUGCUCGGCUGCUGCUGAAGCUCGGCAGAAAUCCUGACAAAGCUCGAAAUGUUUUACAGGAAGCCCUGGAGAUCAGUCCGGACAAUGACAAGCUCUACCUGAACCUGCUGGAGUUGGAGCUCUCAGCUGACACGUGGUCCUCGGAAGAGGCGGUGCAGCAAUGUGUGACGCAAGCUCUAGCGGCGCCUCUCGCACCCCAAACCAAAAUCCAGUUCUCGCAGCGUGGCCUCCAGUUUGUGGAAGAAUACAGCAACUCAAUUAAGAAUGUGCUGUCCGUCUAUGAAGAACACCAGAAGCUGCUCAAAGAGCUGGGCGGAACAAAAAGAGAAGCGGAAGAUGGGGACAAAGAUUCAAAGAAGCCGAAAAAGGGCGAUCACGGAUCAUCAGAUGUCGCUUCAGCAGAAGUUCCGGCCACCGAUCCUAAGGUCCCAAUCACUGUGCCGCCUCCUCCUCCGGAGAUGAACAUGGACACAAGCGCCCAAUCAAGUGGCUACAGCAGCUGGUAUCAGCAACCGCAUUACAGCAGUUACGGCUACCAAAACACCUGGAACUACAACCAGGGAUACUAUCCACCCAGCUAAAAGUUUUGAAAAAGAACUGAGUGGUAGACAAGGACUUCAAAAAAAAGACUAUAACAGCAAUUCCCCUUCAAGUCGGUGAACAGAGGACGUUCUUGCAAAUGAUCUCCCGGUAUCGUUUCCUCUCCAUCCUGCCUCCUGAUUUUCAUCACUGUCAACAAAGUGCAAGGGGUCAGGCACACAUCACACACAUACACAAACAAACCAUCUCGUCCGUUUUGUAAGGCAACGAGAGAACUCACGAGUGCAUUGCUUGCUAGACUUUGACGCUUUGUUUUAAGCAGAGGUAUUUUUGUAUAUAUCCAUAUACUUUCAUUUUGGUUUGAAAGUUUUAAUAGUUUUUUUACAGGGGAUUUCAUAGCAUUUGUUCCCUGAUGUACAUAGUGUUUAUAGUGUCUCAGAGGUCUCAUGGGUCUGCAUAUGUGCGUGGAUCUUUAACCUUCUAUGGGGCAAGUGACUAUUUUUUAGUCAUUUACCGGUAAUUUAAAACAAAACAACAACAAAAAAACAAUAAAGACCUGGGUUCCACAUACGUGGACAUCACAUAUUAAGGCAUUUAGGCCACAAUGUUAACAAUUGGUAUACAAGUGUGGCAUAAAAUGUGAUAUAUAUAUUUUUUACAUAUUUUUAAA